CAUCAAACUAUAACGACGUUUGAACACACGUGCACACGCAUAGUUUUCCAGACGCGACUAUUAUCCAAACACGUUGAACAUGUUUUUAAACCCCCCCGGUCUCCAGUCACCUUCUACCAAAUGGUGGAGGCUGUCUCUAUGGCAACAGGCGGGUUUAGCCGUCCUCCUCCCUUGGCAUCCACUUUGCAGACCUCCACAGUACUGCGUCACGCCCCGACUGGAAUGGAGGACAAGGACAAGAAAGGAAAUGAGGAGUACAUCGGAGAGAUAAAGGGCGGUCUGCGGCCUUCGAUGAAGCUGGUCGUGAUGGGGAUCGUUGACAAGAAACCCAAAAGCAUCGAGGUGCUGGUGUCCAGCGCGCCUCAGCAGAAGGACGCCGACGAGGAGCAGCAGCAGCAGGACGAGGAGGCGGAGUCAGAAGGGGACGUGGGUCUCCAGCUAAAGGUCAGCUUCACGGAUAAAGCCGUCCAACGCAACGCCCGGCUGGCAGGAAAGUGGGGUCCCGCCGAAAACACGCUCUCCUUCUUCCCCUUUGCGCCCGGGGAGCCUUUUAAGAUGGAGAUCGUAUGCGAGCAUCAGCAGUUCCGCAUCCUGGUGGACGGCCAGCCUCUGUGCGGCUUCACCCACCGCCUCCCGCAGCUCGCCAGCUUGACGGCGUUACGAGUUUUCGGGGACGUGCAACUCACCAAGGUGGCUUAACGCCACCGUGAUAACGACAGAUGUUCGGAGACAGUGAAAAUAGAUGAUAAAAGAUGUGCUUUGUCAAAACAGUGUCACACUUUGGAGAAGACAAAGUGCCUUCACUAACAUGCUAACUGAAUGUAGCAGUUGUCAGUGUCUUAAAAACAAACAAAAAAAACAAGAUUGUGAAUUGAAGCCAAUGUUGGUCCAAAUUGCAAUAUUUUUCCUCUGAGGAUUUUUGCGCUCAUGCAAAAAAAGCGAAAGCCUGUCCAGUGGCGUUUUUAUUUCUUAGUUGCUAGUGAAUUGCUUUCAAGUUGUAGGGCUUAAUCACGAUCGAGAAAACACAUGCAAUCCGGGCCGAAACAUAAAAUUCUGAAGAAAAAGUAGUCAUUUUAACGUGAAUGUCGAACUUCCCGCACAAACGUUUCUCAUAAAAAUAUACAAUGGAUUUUUCACAUAAUCUGUAAAUAUGAAACAGAAAAAGAGUUGCCGCCGCUGGACUGGUCUUCUUUGUAAAAGCAAUUGUAAUAAAAGUAGUCCAUUAGUGCACUGGUUCUCAAACCUUUUACACCAAGUACCGUACCGCCACCUAAAAAAAAAAUACAGUAGCAUAAGUGUUAAUCAAAAAUAAUGCCAAGGUAUUUUCCUAAAAAGUGUAACUGUACAGUGGUGCCUGGCGAUAUGAAUUUAAUCCAUUCCUUGACCACACUAGUAACUCAAAACAUUUUGCAGUUUUUUUAUAAUGAAGCAAGACGUUGCUUGGAUGGCAGCAUAUGUUUCCCCAAAACCUGUAUGUACCUUUUAGCAUUAAUGGUGCCUUCACAGAUGUGUAAGUUACCCAUGCCAUUGGCACUAACACAGCUCCAUACCAUCACAGAUGCUGGCUUUUGAACUCUGCGUCCAUAACAACCCGGAUGGUUCUUUUCCUCUUUGGCCUGGAGGACACGACGUCCACAAUUUCCAAGAACAAUUUGAAAUAUGGACUCCACACAACACUUUUCCCACUUUGCAUCAGUCCCUCUUACAUGAGCUCGGGCCCAGAGAAGGCGGCUGCGUUUCUGGGUGUUGUUGAUAAAUGGCUUUUGCGUUGCAUACUAGAGUUUCAAGUUGCACUUACGGAUGUAUCCUUUACACAUUGAUGUCGGUUUUUGACGCAGUGCCGCCUGAGGGAUCGAAGGUCACGGGCAUUCAAUGUUGGUUUUCGGCCUUGCCGCUUACAUGCAGUGAUUUCUCCAGAUUCUCUCAACCUUUGAUGAUAUUAUGGACCGUAGAUGAUGAAAUCCCUAAAUUCCUUGCAAUUGUACGUUGAGGAACAUUGUCCUUAAACUGUUGGACUAUUUUCUCACGCACUUGUUCACAAAGAGGUGAACCUCGCCCCGCCUUUGCUUGUGAAUGACUGAGCAAUUCAGGGAAGCUCCUUUUCUACGCAAUCAUGGCACCCACCUGUUCCCAAUGAGCCUGUUCACCUGUGGGAUGUUCCAACAGAUGUUUGAUGAGCAUUCCUCAAUUUUCCCAGUCUUCUUUUGCCACCUGUCCCAGCUUUUUGGGAACGUGUUGCAGGCAUAAAAUUCCAAGUUAAUGAUUAUUUGCUCAAAACAAUCAAGUUUAUCAGUUUGAACAUUUAAUAUAUUGUCUGUAGUGUAUUCAAUGAAAUAUAGGUUGAACAUGAUUUGCAAAUCAUUGUAUUCUGUUUUUAUUUAUGUUUAACACAAGGUCUCAACUUCAUUGGAAUUGGGGUUGGAGAAUCGGCCUAACAAUGACUCAUACUUCUAAAGUUUUUUAAAGGCGGGUCAUUCGUAUCUCGAGGCACCACUAUAUUUAUUAUUGCAAGCCACUAUAACAUUAGGUAAAGUUUGAUCUUUAGCACUGCGCUAAAAUAUAAGAACAGAAAACGUAGGUGCUUAAUAAUUCAAUUACAAUGUAUUGCAGAUAAAAGAAAUAAAAUGUGUACUCAAUAAAUGUUUAAAAACAAAUAGUUGUUAAAGAUUCAAUGCAAAUGUAUUCUACUGUACUUGAAAGUUAAAUACAACUGAAAAGUAAAACGUACUGUACAUGCAAAGCAAAAAAAUCGACUGUACUGGAUUUUAAAAACUUGUUUAAACAGACUGCAUACGUCGCUACAAGCAUUAAUCUAAUACAGUAUGUUUGAUUGUAUUUCAUGUGUUAAAGGUUGUUCGAAGAGAGCCCGCGUACCACUAUCGGUACAUGUGUCAUACUUUGAGAAUCACUGCAUGAGUGGAUGCUGGUACUGUAAAGCUGCAAUGGCACAGUCAUGUUAAACAUUCUACUAUUGUGUAUUCUUUUUAACCUAAGCCUUAAAAAGGUCACGCCU